UCAAAAAAAUCUUAGAUCAAGAAUAUUCCAAAACGCGCAUUCAAGAUGCUCAGGGAAUCAUCCACUUUGAUUCUAUUUUUCUUGCUAAUUGCUUUAGUGCUUGUAGCAACUGCACUUGACCCUGCAUCAACAACUGGGAAAGAACCAAUUCUUGAGAUAUACAUGCAUGACAUUCUUGGAGGCAGUAAUCCAACAGCAAGGCCAAUAACUGGCUUGCUUGGAAACAUAUAUAGUGGCCAAGUUCCCUUUGCAAAGCCAUUAGGGUUCCUUCCACCACAAGGUGGAGUAGCCAUUCCAAAUGCUAACGGUGCCAUUCCAAGUGUUAAUGGCUUAAAUGGUGUCCCACUAGGUACUGGUUUAGGCGGUGCUUCUUUUGCAGCAAAAUCAGGCAACCCUCAAGUCCUAUUAGGACCUGAUGGAUUAGGACUUGGAUUUGGAACGAUUACUGUUAUUGAUGACAUACUAACCACUAGUCCUGAACUGAGUUCACAGGCUAUAGGCAAAGCUCAAGGCCUCUACGUUGCAAGUUCAGCGGAUGGGACUACUCAGAUGAUGGCAUUUACUGCUAUGUUUGAAGGAGGUGAAUAUGGUGAUAAUCUCAACUUCUAUGGCAUGUACAAGAUUGGGAGCACCAUUUCGCGUCUGUCUGUGACCGGUGGGACUGGUAAAUUCAAGAAUGCAAGUGGCUUUGCUGAAAUGCGAUCACUUCUACCCCCUGGUCAACAUUUUAUAGAUGGUGCUGAGACAUUGUUGAGGAUCACUGUCUACUUAAAUCACUGAGAGAGUCUGCAGAAGAGCAGAUCUGCUGUGGGUCUCUAAAUGCAUCCAAGAAAAUUGUUUUUGAUAUAUAUUUUCUUAUAUCUGGUUUGAAAUUCUGUUGUAAGAAAUUUUUCAAGUGUUCAUCACCAUAUAAUCGAAAUUACUGAUCCAAGUUUACGCACA